GGUACAACGAACGAUGAGAUGCGAGAGAAAUUUUCUAUCUCCGGUAGAGGCACAAGGAUGGCCCGUCGAUAGCCUGUCUCCUUCGAAUACUAUCUGCACUUGAUGUACAACUGGAGGGGUCUCGGAAAAAGGGAGAUGGUAUCCGAUGGAGGGACACAGGCCCGAGGUUUUCGCUUCGGCGAUGGUCACCAACUCUCGCCAGUCGAAAUGCAACCGCUAACAUAAAACGUAACGUUACUUCGUAUUUUACCCCAGUUCGGUUAAUCAAUUAACAAACGAAAAUACCGACUCGAUAGAUACUCCGGAAGUCCUACGGUCUGUUGUCGCAAAACGCGGAGUAUCGCCGAAGACUGUUAAACUCACACAGAUGUAUUAGAUGCGAACAGCCGGACAAGAAAGUACGGGACAUCGUGAUGGGGUUGAACGGAAUCGAUGAAAAUACAGAAUGUAUCGUCGAGCAGCGUUUCCGGCUGCUCAUGGACGUCGGCUCGAAGAUCCCGGUAGAUUACGAAUCACUGGAAAUAGAUCUACCCCCUUACUACGAUGCCGAAAAGUUCAGGGUAGGACAGAGCGUCUUUCGGAACAACGUUUUCACGAUGAUGGUGGCGAAGCUCGCGGGCCUCUUGACGCUACUCGCCAUACCCUCCAUUCUCGACGUGCUCAUCUUCACCAAACAGAGCGGAACCCCCUGCAACGCGUUCAGAAGAUACGCCGCGACGAUUCUCCAUACCGUUAUUUGGUACCAGAAGGUCCCAGACGAGGCAUCGAAGUUCUUCGCGUCCCUGAAGAAUGUCAAAAGAAAGCAUUGCGUCGCGUUCAAGCGAAGUAUGGAGGCGGGGCUGGAUCGCAUCUCUCAACUGGACAUGGCCCUCACUCAGUUCGGCUUCAUCGGAUUUACUCUGCUCAGCGGCGACGAACUCGGCGUCAAAGCUUCCGCAGCGGAACUCGAGGGACUCGUUCACGUCUGGAGAGUCAUCGGGAGCGUGCUCGGGAUCGAGGAAAGGUUUAACAUCUGCGCGGGCACCACGGAGGAAACGAUAUCCUUGUGCGGUCGGCUUCUGGACGAAGUUUUCGUGCCACGCUUGGCCGAAAAAAGACCGGAAUUCGAGAAGAUGAGGGUCGUUCUUCUGGAGGGGAUAUGGCCGAUAAAUCCGCACAUCGAUCCUUCGGCCUAUACCGCGAUUACUUACAAAUUUGCAAGCGCAGCAACGUCGAACAACAACCAUUCUCUGGAUAUCGACACAUCCUCGAUGUCGCUUUACAGCAGGUUUAUAUUCGCUCUGCAAUCGUUCGUCCACAAAAACCUCCUAAGGACAAGCCUGUGGUGGUCUCCGAUUUUCCGAGCUUAUUUUAACGCCAAUAUGUUGCUGUCGAUAUUCCUCACCGAGCACUGCCCGUUCCUCGCCUACUGGAUCUUUGGGAAACGGCGAUCUCGAGUCGAUAUUUAUAAGAUACAUAUGGAAUGAUUUCGAAGAGAAAUCAAAGAUCCGACGUAAUACUCAUCCAAUAGCAAUUAUCUUAUCUAGUUCACGGAAAACAAGGUCUAAUAAUAAUAUGUACAUGUAUACGUUAUAGGUAAGUAGCGUAUAAAAGUGUGAGAAAUAAAGCAAUAUUUCGGUGUUUCCUCACUUUCGGUUAGUAACGAUGUGCAGUUUUCGUGCACAUCGAUGGAUAAAAGUAACAAGCUUUUCCAAACUUGAAACGUAUACGUAAAGUUAGUUUUUUCUAUUUAUAUACCAUGUCGUUCGGCAAGAUGACUCACUGGGUUUUAAAAAUAGCGAAGAUGUUUUAUUUCCAUAGCUUGAAACGCCUAUCACUUAGCUGAUUACAAUAUCCUGUUUCUCAAUAAAAUUUGUACCUGGUA